UGGGAGGAGCAUUUUCUAACGCGUCUGCUGCCGCUUUCCCUGCUGACUCCAGCUGAGCCGGUGGCGUUGCGCCUGCUGUGCCUGUCAUCCAGCCUUUCACCGGGGAGGAAGCCUAUAACUUAACCUCCAAAAGGUUCUUUCUGCAAGAUGGAAAAUGCAUUGCUUUUGUGUAUAUUCGUGUCCCACUGGCAUUUCCUAAAUGCUUUAUUCACAGUUGAAGUUCCCCAGCCACAGUACAUUGUAGAAUAUGGGAGCAACGUGACCAUGGAAUGCAGGUUUCGAGUGAAUGGUGAAUUAAAGCUUCAAGAUUUAAGUGUCAUUUGGGAGAAAAAAGAGGAACAUACAAAAGAGGUUUACAAACUUCACAAAGGAAAGGAAAACUUUAAUAACCAACACAGCAACUACAGGGGAAGAGUAAAUUUGUUGAAAGAUAAACUGCAGUUGGGACAGUCUAUGCUUCAGAUCACCAGUGUAAAACCUACAGAUGCAGGAACUUACCUCUGUCUCAUUGGCUAUGAGGGAGCUGACUACAAGACGAUCACUUUGCAAGUAAAAGCUCCUUAUAGAAACAUAACCAAAAGAACUGUGACUGUCCAGGGGACUGCAGGACACAACGAAUGGGAGUUAACAUGCCAAUCAAAAGGGUAUCCUAAGGCAGAGGUCAUUUGGCAUAAUGGGGAACAUCAAGACUUCAGUGCCAAAGCAAACACAAGUUAUGAAACAGGAACUGAUCAACUGUAUAGUGUGACAAGCACACUUAAAACCAACACAAGUAUUAAUGAGACAUUUCACUGUAUAUUUUGGAACAAAGAAUUCAAAGAAAACACAUCUGCUAUUUUAAUCAUACCAGAUUGUCCAGUAGAUAGUCAAAGGAUUAACAGUAGACGGUAUUUUGCAACAGCUGGAGCUGUGUUGGUUCUCUUUGGAUCAUCGCUUCUAUUUAUGCUCUGGGUAAAAAAGGCUAGAAAAGAUCAGGACAGGGAGACAUGUACAAAUAAUGCAGCAGUGAAAGUGAUAAAAUUAUCGACAGAUGAGGAAGAGGGCAAUUGCAGAGAGAUUUCUCCUGAGAAUGAAGAACUAGAAAAUGUACGAAUUGAGGUGACUUAAUCCAGAAUGUUUUCUUCCUUCACUGAAUAUAUUCUAGAGCUCUGGGAGUUUUAUUUUAAAUACUAUUUUAAAAUGUCCUGGUCUAAUUCUCCUUUCAUUUACACCAGUGUAAAUUCAGAGUAAAUUCACAGAAGUUAAUGGAGUUAUCCUGAUGUAAAACUGAUCAGCAUCAGGCUCUCUGUGUAUGUAUUUGUUUGUAUUUAAGUUCCUACAUGUCUGCUUUGUCCAUUAUGCACUUUUGUGGAUGUUGUUCAGGUUUUUUAAGUACUUCUAUCAAAAAAGAAUGCACUUGAGGUCCCUACCCUAAUGCAUUUCAUACUUGUUUUUAAAACAUUCCAAUUUUUCUCUGAGCUCUAAAUUCCCUACUGAGACGCUAUCACUUCCAGCCUCCAUGGAUGAAAUUGUCAUCACUUUGACGUAUACAAGGAUAAGGAGGAGACUGAAUGUCAUGCAUGUGGGCCACCAUCUCUCCUUACUGUAGAUUUUAAGAUAUUGGCUAACGUUGAGCAGUUAGUUAGUUAGUUAGUUCAACAGAGAAAAGGCUGUUUAACCCUCUUGUCAACACCAUGAUGUUCUACCUAGGGAGGUGGUGGAGUCUCCUUCCUUGGAGAUUUUUAAGGCCCGGCUUGACAAAGCCCUGGCUGGGAUGAUUUAGUUGGGAAUUGGUCCUGCUUUGAGCAGGGGGUUGGACUAGAUGACCUCUUGAGGUCCCUUCCAACCCUGAUAUUCUAUGAUUCUAUGAUUCCUCUUGGGUUGGAAGUCAGCAGACAAUCUCUUGCCCUUUGAAGAUGCUCCAGAGAGUUAGAAGUUCUACUGUUUACUGUUACUAGGGAUAUAGUUAGCACCACCAGUUUGCAACUGGUCACUAUUCUGAUCAACCAUCUGAAAAGCAAGACUUUGGACCUUCUAGAAGAAUAGCCUAUGGAGUGGACUCUUUGGAAACAGUUGAGAUGGAACGUCUGCUCUUCUAUGAUACAAAAUAGACUCUCAUUAAAUCAAUUAGCAUGCAUUUUGGAAGCACUUUUGGAUUCUAAGUAUCAUUAAGCUAUGGUUUGGUUAUAUUUUGCAAGAUACCUACUUGUCUUUACUGUGUCUUUAUUUUACUGUGUCAUAAAUUAUUAGAAUUAUUUAUUACAAUAAAAUUGAAAACUAUAUUUUUU